AAUUUCAACAAUUUUAAUUCAAAAAGUUUUAAAGACUUUUAAAAUCACAGUGAUUUAAAAUUAUUAUUAUUAUUUUUUUUUUUCAAUUAAUUUAUUGAUAUUAUAAGAUUGUUAUAAGAAAAGUGAAAAUUACAAAAAUGAUGUCGAUGGAAUUACAAAAUGGAUUUGGCAGAUCAAAUCGAUGAUUAUAUCUGCUCAUUUGAAGGAAUUGGUGAUUUAGCAAUGGAUUCAUUAGCGAUAUUCGUAUUUAUUUGGGCUGUAAUAGCCCUAUUCUUAGUAUGGCUGUGUAAAUUUUUAUAUCGAAAAUAUUAUUUAAAAAUUGAUUCGACAACAACAACAGUUACUGAUGGAACAAAAACGGCAACUGGUGGUGCAAUAACACCAAAUGGUAAAGCAAUAACAAAUAGUAUCGGUGCUACUAAAUUAUUAAGUGGAAGCGGCGUUGGUGGUGGAGUCGGUGGUCUUAUUGAUCAACCAAGACGUUUAUCAGAGCCAAGAGAAAUUCUAGCGAGUAAAGAAACUAAAGAAUUAUCUUCAGUUAGACCUUUAGGUGGAGGCCUUGGAGGCGGAGGCCUCGGUGGUGGUAGUAUGAGACAUUCACGCGGACAUGUUCCAGCUACACCACCCACUCGUAAACGAAUCGUACGUCAAAGUCCAGGACCGGAAUUACGUAAAAAACGUACUGUUUUACCGCCAGCAAAUGUUGUUGGACCAGAAACUUCAUCUGUAACAUGGACAAGUCAAGUAUUUCGUUGGUUAUACAGCGAUUUAGUCAUUGUUAACGAACUUUUAAACACCUGGGUUCAUACGUUAAAUGAAAAUUUGAAGAAUUCUGUAGAAAAUUAUUGGUAUAAAUGGAUUGAUCAGACACCAAUUCAACGAUUACAAAGCGCUCAAAAUCAUCCCUAUACUAUGAUGGCAAUGACAUUUCAAUUUUUUCUUCAACAUGGUGUUGGAAUUGAAAUUGUUCGAGUUCUACCGGAUAGUCCACCACCAACAUUGGCAAAUUUAUUUUGUCAAGCAAAUGAACAGAAUCCAGCUGAUAUGGUUAUAACAAUGGAUUGUGAUGCUCAACCGAUAUUACAAGUUAAAGCUUAUCGUCAAAAAAAUGGAAAAGUUGAAACAUCACACUAUAAAGUUACAGUAUCACGUUUUCGUGGACGUUUAUCAAUUAAUCAAAAUUAUAACACAUUAAAGGGUGAUAUGAGAGUUGAAGGAUUUCCGGAUAUUCGUAUUGCGAUGAACAGUGUUGGACAUAUUAAACCAAUUGAUCAAGAUGAACAACAACUUCAAGAUGUCAUUAGUGAAAUUGUAACACAUGCCCUACGUGAUUCUUUAUAUCCAGUUGAUUUUUCAAUUUAUGCAACAUGCCCUCGAGCUGAAAUUGAAAUACCAGAAAUACCAGUAAAUUUACCAAUACAUUAUGAUUCUUUAGCGUAUAAUAUGGAGCAUUUAAAUGCUAAUCGUUAUGGUGGAACACCAUUAAUGUCAUCCGGUAAACGUUUAUUAGUUAAAAUAGUUAAAGGUGAUGGUUUAGCGGCAUGUGAAGGUGCCUAUGUUGUUAUUGAAAUGGAUGAACCACCACAAAAAAAUCAAACUGGUGCUAGACAAGGUACCAAUCCAUAUUGGGAUGAACAUUUCUUAUUCGAUUUAACUGCACAAUCAGCUGAAAUAUUAUUUGAAGUAUAUGAUAGCCCAAUUCGAGCCAAUGAUCCACCAAAAUUUUUGGGUUUAGGUUUAGUUGGUAUUGAUGAAUUAGCUGUUGGACCAGCAUCAUCACAAACAUUAGCCUUACAACCUAGACCAUAUGAAACAGAAAAUGUUCAAGGUGCUAUACAAGUUGAAUUUGUGUUCAUUGAAGGUGCUGAAAUACCAUCUGGACCUAGACCAUAUAAAUUAAAAGAAGCCUUACGUAUUAGUACACCAAUUAUAAAUGAACAUAUUAAAAAUGGUUCAAAUUUAGCUGAUGCUGCUGUUAAAGCAUUAAAAGAAGGUGCAUUAGCAACUGAAGAAAAUCCUAGUAAAAGUACUUUAAUUAUACAUAGUGUUCAGAGGAGUCGUUCCCCAUAUAAGGUUGAAUCAGUAGAUGGUAAAAUUGUAGUGACAGAAAAUGUCAGUGAUAAUAAAUUAGAAAGUGAUGUUGUUCAACAGCAACAACAACAGCUACAACAACAACACAGACACAGUACUUCAGAAACAACUGCAAGUCCCACUGAUAGUGUAGCUCCACAAAUAUUAACUGAUGAUAAUACGACUAUAAAUACGACUGAUAGUGGUAUAAAGAAUGUAACAGGUAACGAAGAAAUCUUAAAUGGAACUGUUGACAGCGGUAAGAUGGGACAACCUUUAGCAGAAUCAUCACCUCAUCAACAAUUAAAUGGUCAUGGCAAUGUUACAUCUCAUGGUGGUAUAUUAAUGAAUCAUAAUAAUUAUCAUCCAUCAAAUACGCAUAAUUUAACAAAUAAUAAUGAUGCUUUAUAUAAUGAAGAAAAUCGUGGAAGAGCACAAAAAAAACGUGAUUUCUUUGGUACAUUAAAACGUCGACUUGGACGUUCAAAAACAAGAACUCAAUCAGCAGAACGCGGUAUGAUACCAAUCGAUCCAGAUGAUCCCGGUGCAGUACGUUCACUUUCAAUGGAUCGCGGUAUUGCAUCUAAUAGUCAUUCUAUGGCCGGACAUAACAAGUCCAGAUUUGAUCGUUCUCGGCAAUCCUCAAUUUCAGAAUCCUCAGCAAUAUCUGGUUUUUCAUCAGCUAGCUCAAAGACAUUUGUUCAUGAAUCUUCCACAUUAGUUUUGGAAACUAUUGAAAAUGGUGUUAAAAGGCAUUUCUUAGUACCACUUGAAAUAGCACAACGUCCAAGAUGGCGUCGUAAAGGAACAAAAUUACAUAUAUAUAAUGAUCAUACAUUUAUCGCUAAGCAUCUUAGCGGUGGCUUAAGUUGUACUAUUUGUACGAAAUCAAUACCUCGCCGACCUGGUAAACAAGGUUAUGAAUGUCGUGAUUGUCAAUUAAUAUGUCAUAAACAAUGUCAUAUUCGUGCACCACAAUCAUGUCCUAAUCCGACUAUUCUAUCGAUGGAAUUGGCAUCACUUCCGCGCCUUAUGGUAUGUGGUGAUUACCGAGCAAGAAGGCAUAGCGUUUAAAAUGAGAAUGAAAUUAUUAAAAAAAAAAAAUUUAAAGGAUUCUGCAAUAUAUUUCUUAACUUUUUUUUUGUUAAAUUAUAAAAUUUUAUAAAUUUAUGAAAUGAUAAAAUUUUCAUGAAAUAUUUCACACUACUCGUAUAUACUUUUAUUCAAUAUAUUUUCAUUUCUUUGUUCUCGUUCCUGAAUUUUCACAUUUUAUUUAAUAAUGAAAUGCAAAAGGCAGAAAGAAAGGUGAAAAGUUGAAAAAUAAAACUUUGAAGAGAAUAAUUUUAUGCUUGUAUUCAAAAGUUUUUGACAAGUCUUAAAAAAAAAUAAAUGUUGCCAUUUUCUUUUUAGAAAAUGUCAAAAAGUCAAAAUUAAAUGAACGGGAAAUUAAUUUUUCACUUUUGUUUUUGCAAAAUAUCGUUGUAUUUUUUUUUUUUUUUUACUUCCAAAUGUUCUUGCAUAUAAAAUAUUUCAAAUGAAAUUUAAAGAAUCCUUUCAUAAAUUAUGUACAGUGAAAACUUAAUUUUCUUUGCGAUUUUGAACAUUUAUUUAAUAAAUUUUGAAGAUAAGUCGGAUUACAAUUGUAUUUUAAGCGCUUGGUUUAAAAGCGAUCAUAAAUGAUUUAUGAAUGAUUCUUAAAAUUUUCCUUAUUCAAAGUAGUUUUUGUAUAUCUUUGCUGCUCUCAUUUCUUAUAAAUUUCGCUAAAUGUGGUCAUUUCAACAUAUUAUUAUUGUAAUUAAAAAAAAACAAAAAAAAAGCCCGAGAAAUAUUUCACUACAUAUUUAAAAUUUUAUUUGUAUGUAUACAAUUUGUUUUUGAUAUUCUGGUAUUCGGAAUAUAUCCUAAGGAAGAAACACUUCUUUUCCCCAUACUUCUGAUGCCCCCUUUAGUAACAUGUUCCACUAUUGGAAACCCUGAUUCAAUGCACUAAUUGUAGUUCUAAUUUACCUUGUUGAACAUCUACUAAUUAAAACCUAAAUAUACAUUAUGAAUUAAUAAAUAUAAACAUAGUGAAUUAAUUAUACCUAAAUCA